AUGGCCUGGGGUUCAAGCACUCAAGUUGGCUGUGGUUUCUCGAGGAAUUGCCCACCGAGGAAUGGAUUUGCCCUCGGCUAUGUGGUAUGCCAAUACCGACAGAUGUAG